AUGCAGAUUAGUUUACGCAAACCGCAGACGCAGCAAGCACGUGAUGAUGACAUGCAGAGAAAGGAUGACCCGCACUUUGACCGGAAAUCACCAGUGUCGGUUAAACCUAGAACUUUAAAGGAUACUAUAAAGGCUGUUACUAAAGAGUAUUGUAAAGAAUCGUCUAUUUGUGGUUUGAAACAUCUGGUUGAUGAGAAUACACCGAAUUUGGAGAGGAUCAUAUGGAAGAUUACGUUGAUCGGUGCUCUAGUUUGUUCCGUGUCGCUCGUCUGGAUUACCUUUGAGAAGUACUACAGAGCUCCUCUGGUGACCACCCAAAUGCCUGACGGGGUCGCUGUGAGCAAGAUUAUAUUCCCAGCCGUGGGUAUUUGUACAAACAAUCGUAUUAGUAAACGUGCUGCUAUUGAACUGACGAGAAAACUACUUAAAGAAGAGCGCAAUAAGAAGUACAAUGAACCAGAUAUGAUCAAUUUGGUCCGUGGAAUAGGCCACUUGUACAACUUGGAGCCAGCCAGCCAAACAACGGUGUCAAUGGUCAGUCUGCAUGAGGCAUUAGGAGAAUAUGAUGUCAAUGAACUAAUGAAAAGUUUAACGCCUCGCUGUGAAGAGUUGCUGUUAACUUGCGCCUGGAACGACACCCCGAAGAAUUGUUCUGAACUGUUCGAUUUCCGGCUAACCAUGGACGGCUACUGUUGCACUUUUAACUACUUGAGACAAUCAGAUGUUAAGUUUCAGGACAACAAUGGUGUUACACGCAGUUUAGAUAUGUACAAAUAUGGCAACAAAUCAUCAUUCGAUUUCGACCAAGGUUUAAAAGUAUUGCUUCGAUUAAACACAGACGAUGACUUUUACUACAAUGUACCAUUACAAGGAGCAAAGUUGCAGUUCUCAGACGCCUACGAUUUUCCUGAUGCACCGAGCGGCAGUUUUGCGAUGCAAAUGAUAAAUCCCGGAGUACAGAUGACCGUAAACGUCGCAGCUACCUUUACUGAAGCGUCUCGUGACAUUCAACAUGUAGCCGUCAAGUUGAGAAGAUGUUUGUUCUACGACGAAUCAUCAUACCUGCCCUUCUACACUAGCAGCGACUGUAUGUUGAAAUGUCGCAUGUUGUUCCUGCUCGAUCACUGUGGAUGCACCCCCUUUAAUAUGCUGAAGAUGGAUAACGCUAGAACUUGUGAUAUGAGAGAUGUUGCCUGCUUGAGAAAGUAUUAUGUUCAGUCGACAACUGUCCGUCCGGAUAUAGAACCAAUAGCCCCUGAGCUGGAGAUGGAUUUAGCCGGCGGUGGCCUACCGUGCCCUAUGUGCUUCCCCACGUGUUCCAAGACGGCGUACAGCUACGACUUCUAUGACCUCAACAUUUACCCGGAUCAUCUCAACAAAGUGCCGGAUGCCGACAGAGAUCAUUGGCUACAAGGCGCCAAUUUCACCGGAACAUCGAUUGUACACGUCAAGUACGCUAGGGAAGUCGCCGACUGUUACGGCCAGAAUGUUAUCAUGAAGUGGUUUGAUUUGUUCAGUAAUAUCGGCUCCACUUGCGGCUUCGUCACUGGCUUCAGCUUCGUCUCAGUACUAGAGUUCAUCUACUUCUUCACCGUGAAACUAAUAAGGGAUUACCAUUCCCGUCAUCGUCGGAAUGCCAUCGUCAGCAGCAUUGAGGAAGCGUCUCCGCAGGUCCAGUCUGUAGGCCGGUAUCGACCUAUAUACUGGAAUGAAUUGACUGGACCAACUCGUUUUGGGUUCCAAGUACCACCGACUAGUUGAAGUUUUGAUAAAAAAUA